UCUAAGAUGGCUGAUCCGGACAGGUUCAGUUUGGCUGAGGUUCUGGAGUCUUUCAAAAAGUGCCUGACUGACCAGGGAGAAAUCCUGCAGGAACAUUACUUAGAAGGAUGGAAAGGGCUGGUAAAAUUUAUGAGCAGUCUGGGAUCAGCAUUUUCCUUUAUUUCAAAUGAUGCUGUCACCAAAAUCCAAAUUCUGGAAGACUACAGAAGUGGUGUGAAUGGCCAAAAGUAUUUGACCAUUCAGUCGAUGGUAAAGUACGAGGUUGAUAACAAGCUCGUGGAUCUGACAAAGCGGGGUGACCACUGGGACUCUGGCUGUCGUACACUACUGCGGCUCCAUCGUGCCCUCAGGUGGCUGCAGCUCUUUCUGGAGAAACUGCGGGUAGCUUCUGACAAUAGCAAAACGUCUGUCCUUUGUACAGAGGCCUACCAGGAUGUCCUGGCCAAAUAUCAUCCCUGGAUAGUACGCAAAGCUGCAACUGUGGCCUUUUAUAUGCUGCCAAGCCGAGCAAACUUCUUUGAGAUUAUGAAUAUGGGCCCAACAGAAAAGGUGGUGGCUAUACUGGGAGAAGCACUGCCAGUCGUUGCAAAAACUUACGACAUCACAGAAGACCUGUAUAGUCAACAUGGCUUGCUUGAUCUUCCGUAAUCCUGCACUUUGCACAAAAAACCCACUUGUUCUAAAAUGUUGUGUAUUUUAAUGGUGAUAUUUGCAAAUGCUGACUUCAGUAACCAAAGAUGAUAAAAAUUACUUUAAUAUUAAUUAACCUGAUGAGUAGUUGGAGAUAGUGAGUCAGCACUCCCUUUGCUGUCUAUAAUUGCAUCAACCCCCCCCCCCCACCACCACCACCACUAUUUUCUGUACCUCUCUAAAUAUGUUGACUGUUUAGGCUGAUCAGACUCUCAAUCAUAACAUUGUCCAAGUGUCCAUUCUUCAUGUCUGAAUGUGGGCAGUGUGUCUAUUUCACUGUGGUAUGUAUUAUAGUUGGCCUGAAUCUAUUGUCAGUGAUUUGAACACAUUUGUAUUUUCCAGUGUGGUGUCACUGGACAGUGAGCAGGAGUGCAAGUUGUGACUGACAUUGUUUAUUCCUGUUAAUCUAAUCUUAUCAAAGGGCAGCAAGAUGGUGAACCCAAAUAUAGGGUCCUGGCCAGAGGUAGCUCGCCCAGUCCAAGGCAUGGAUUGGGCUCCACCUUGUCCAAAAACCCAUGACACAACUCUACUUGUAUAGGAGAAAAUUGACCAAGAAUGAGUCACCUCCUUUUAUGUUUAUGUUUCUUUUUACUUUCUAUAAAUCAGCAAAUUUGAAAGGCUUCCUUUCCACUUUCCAGUUAUGUUUAGUUUCUUAUCUUUUGAGCAAAUGAGAUCCAACUACAAUACACAAAGAUCCAAAAUGUUCUACUUGCAGGAGGUGUCUGACUUUCUAUGAAUGUCUGUAUUGUGUUUUUCAGAUCCACUGUCCUCUGUCAGUUCUGUUCAGAUUUGCAUUUUUGUUAAUCUCAUUAUAACGUGUGAAUAAAUUACACUGAGUAAAAGCUAUUGCAAGCGCAAGCAGCAAAACCAUCAGUGGAAGAGACUCAUCCUGGUAUUAAUUAUGCAAGAAAUCAGAUUGAACUCAGAUUUUUUUAAGUCUUAGUGGAAACAGACAUUAGUUUACAUUUUUGCACUUUUAAAUUUUGGUAUACUUUUUAACUGUAUAAUUUGCAAGUUAGAAAAUGAAAGGGAAUAUAUGUUAGUGCAAGAACAGUUUGGAGGCUUUCAAUGUUCUGACCAUAGAUGUACUGUCACUUGCUGUUUUCCUUCUUGUCUUGGAUCAUGUGUUGGGGUAACAAAACAGCGUCCCAUCCUGACCCCAGACAUUCUCAGGCAGAAAUGCAUGGUUCACAAUCACUACGCUUUUCCUUGUCAUUAUGGUCAUUCAGAUCAAUUUAAAUGUGUCAACUAAGGGCAGCAAACAUUUGGAUUGAACAAAGGACUGUUGUGGUAUAUGGUUACAGGCAGUGCACUAAUCAGCUGUGAAUUGGGGGAAUAAGUAAUCUUUGUUUAUACCCAUAUAGAGUUCACUAUUACAGUUUAACAGCACCAGGCUAUGACAAGGCGAUGGAAAUGGAAAUAUAUCAAUUCUACAGAUGCUGGAAACUGACAGUAUGGAAUUUGAGCUAUUGCAAGAUGAGAUACACUAUGACGCAUCUUGUGGUUCCCGAAGCUGCUAUUUGUUGUCAAGACUGAUAUAUGAACUCUUGAUGCUGUGCUAAUUUACCCCAGAAGAGCCACUGCCUAAAGGACACUGGAGAAAAUAAAUAGAAAAACAUAAGUGUUAUUUCACAAUUACGAUGGGCUUUAAUUCCACGACGAGUACCAGAAGGUAAUCUGGUACACGCACUGAGAUCAAUAUUGUUACUAGGAUUUUUAUUUUCCCUAGUUGUAUUUGAAUAUUAGCUUUAAUCAGCAUUAAUUUUUGAUCAAGAAAAAUCACCUUUUGAUUUUUGUUUUUGGCUAUCAUAAGUGAAUGGGUUUGACCUGCUUUUGGAAGAUGUUUAUUUUGUUAAUCCAGUUAUGAUUUUGUCUAAAUUUCACACACUAAUAAUGUGAAUUUUUGUACUUGAAACUAUCCAUCUUCCUCUUGAAUAUUGUGAGAAAUUUUUCAUGUUGAAUCUGUAAUCUAAAGUGAUUCAAUUUAUAUCAAAUUGAAUGUAUCUUUGGAAUUUCAGUCAUUAUGUUCAAUGUAUAAGAGGAUUAAAUUGUGCACAAUUUUGAUUUGUCAUUGAUGUACAAACUGUUAGGAUACGUUUUAACCUUUGGGAUGCGGGAACACUAGUAAGCAAACUGAAUUUCUCAGGAGCUUAACAGUGUUACCCUAUCAUUUGCUUUGGGUGGCUAGAUGUCUCAACAUGGCACUUCUAGACUAAAGCACAACCAAAAUGUUGCUCCUGCCCUUGCAGGCAGGACUCUGAAAAAUGAUUUGGCAGUUACCUUUCAGUGGGCUUUUUUGUUUGUUCUGGUUGCUGUAGGCUCCAGUCAAAAAUCUAUGUAGGGGUCAUAAGGACAUAAGAACUAGAAGCAGGAGUAGACCAUCUGGCCCUUCGAGACUGCUCCACCAUUCAAUAAGAUCAUGGCUUAUCUUUUCGUGGAUUCAGAUCCACUUAUCUACACUCACUGUAUCCCUUAAUUCCUGUAUUGUUUUUAAAAAUAAAUCUGUCUAACUUUAAAAACAUUUACUGAAGUAGUGUCAACUACUUCACUGGGCAAGGAAUUCCAUAGAUUUACAACCCUCUGGGUGAAGACACUCCUCCUCAAUUCCUUCUAAAUCUGCUCUCUCUAAUCUUGAGGCAUUUAGGAUCUGCUUGCCCUGCUGGGCAACAGGCCCUUUUUAACAAAGUAAUAAUUCAAAUGCCCAGUGUUGUACGGGUAAAACUGCUGUCCUUGUAUUGAUUAACACCAGGCCAAGGCAGGAAAAUAGACACUUAGGUGAUUUAAUAGGAAAAAUGGGAACCUCCCAUUAUUACUUAAUGUAUGAUGGUACUGGGUUCUGACAAAUAGCUAAAGUUAUUGGAGAAGAGCGAAAUGUCAACAACACCCCAAUCAUGAUUAGUGUACAAUCCCUAAAAUUACUUGUAACUUUGUGAAGGCUUGACAGUUUCUACAUGUAAAUCUUGCACCCAUCUCAUGUAAUUGCACAAAGCACCAGUAGGUGGUGCAAUUUGCUUGACAAACUCCAUGGUAAAACACAAAAAUUUCAUUCGUAUUCAUUCUUCAUUGGUAUUUUUAUAUGCAUGAGGAAAGUAUCCAAUUUGAUUGUUCAUAGUACAACAGUAAUUUAGAGAUAAU